AUGAAGAUCUCGCGCAAAGAAACGAUCCGGCGCCAGUACAUAAGGAGCGCCAAACCGACCACCGAUAGCGAGCGGCGGGCCACACAGAGGCCUCAACGGCACCGAGCAGCGGGCCAAGCAGCGACCACCGCUCCAGCAGCCUCGACCACCGAGCAACCAGCUCCAACAGCAGCCUCGACCACCGAGCAGCCAGCUUCAGCAGCAGCCUCGACCACCGAGCAGCCAGCUCCAACAGCAGCCUCGACCACCGAGCAGCCAGCUUCAACAGCAGCCUUGACCACCGAGCAGCCAGCUUCAGCAGCAACCUCGACCACCGAGCAGCCAGCCCCAGCAGCAGCCUCGACUACAGAGCAGCCAGCUUCAACGGCAGCCUCGACCACCGAGCAGCUAGCUUCAGCAGUAGCCUCGACCACCGAGCAGCCAGCCUCAACAGCAGCCUCAGCAGCAGCCUCUGCAGCAGCCUCUGCAGCAGCGGCCACAGAAGCACCAUCCUUCGCAGCCCCCGCAGCCGGCACACCAAGGAUCACUGUUGCUACGGCACAGCCGUCAACAGCUUCAGCACCGCCACUAGCUGCAGACAUAACCGCCUAG